CUAAUGCUGACAACAACAAAGUUAUCUAAUGAGCUAAGUGGCGAAUGUAACUGUACAUGCCAUGAUUUUGCAACAGAAGUAGGUCAGAUAACUUGCAAGAACACUUUAACACGUCAAAUUAUGUGAUGGGAUUGAGAAAGGACUGUACGUUUUACGCAGACAUGGCCCUUCGCAGAUUUCGAGUAAGUGGCUACUUGCAGAACCAGCAAGUAGAUUAGGAUGAUCUACAGACUAGAAAGGUCACUUUUCCGUGUUGGAUUACGAUUAACAGUUCAGAACAGGUUUUCUAUACGUGGUGCUGCUAACAUGAUCCGAAGAACUCAAAUCAAGAAGGUCCUGUGUGUGGCAGAGAAGAACGAUGCCGCCAAAGGGAUUGCGGACAUCAUGUCAAACGGCAGGGCACGGAGGAGAGAAGGCUACUCAGUGUAUAAUAAAAUCUAUGAGUAUGAAUAUCACCUCUUUGGACAGGAUGUGACUGUUUCCAUGACAUCAGUCUCAGGACAUCUUUUAGGUCUGGAGUUCAAAGCCCCCUUCCAGAAAUGGCACAGCUGUAAUCCGGUCUUGCUGUUUGAUGCAGAAGUGGAAAAGUAUUGCCCUGAGAACUUUGUUCAGAUAAAGAGGACCCUGGAGAAAGAGGUCCGACAGUGUCAGGCUCUUGUCAUCUGGACUGACUGCGAUCGUGAGGGAGAGAACAUCGGCUUUGAGAUUAUUGAUGUCUGUAAAGCAGUGAAGCCGAAUGUUCAGGUGUUCAGAGCUCGUUUCUCAGAGAUCACCCCGAACUCCAUCAGGAGGGCCUGUGAGACUCUGACCGAGCCAGACAUUAAUGUCAGCGAUGCUGUGGAUGUCAGACAGGAGCUUGACCUUCGUAUUGGCGCAUCAUUUACCAGGUUCCAAACUCUGCGCCUGCAGAAGAUAUUUCCAGCCGCCCUGUCCAAUCAGCUCAUCAGCUAUGGUAGCUGCCAGUUCCCCACUCUGGGCUUUGUGGUGGAGAGGUUCAAAGCCAUUCAGGCCUUCAUUCCCGAGACCUUUUUCAAAAUCAAAGUGCUCCACGAGACUGAGGAAGAGGCGGUGGAAUUCAGCUGGAAACGACACCGGCUCUUCAACCACACUGCCUGCCUCGUUCUCUACCAGAUUUGUAUGGAGGAUCCUGUAGCCACUGUUGUUGGUGUGACAAGUAAGCCCAAAAGCAAAUGGAGACCUUUACCUCUUGACACUGUGGAACUUGAGAAACUGGCAUCCCGUAAACUGAAAUUAAGUGCUAAGGAAACCAUGAAAACAGCUGAAAAGCUGUACACUCAAGGGUUCAUCAGUUACCCCCGUACGGAGACCAAUAUGUUCCCAAAAACCUUGAAUCUUACCCCCUUGGUGGAGCAGCAGACCCAGGAUAAUGAGUGGGGGGCAUUUGCACAGCGUAUUCUGGAUCGGGGUGGUCCCACUCCCCGAAAUGGGAACAAAUCUGACCAGGCCCAUCCACCUAUUCACCCCACGAAGUAUACCAGCACCCUGCAGGGAAACGAGCGGCGGUUGUACGAGUUUAUCGUACGUCACUUCCUGGCCUGCUGCUCCCAGGAUGCUCAGGGGCAGGAGACCACGGUCGACAUUGACAUCGCCCAGGAGAAGUUCACCGCACACGGGCUGAUGAUCACUGCCAGAAACUACCUGGACGUUUACCCAUACGACAAGUGGUACACAAAGGUUAUACCAGUUUACGAGCAGGGCUCCCAGUUCCAGCCCACUGCCAUAGAGAUGGUGGAUGGACAGACCAGCCCACCGCAGCUGCUCACUGAGGCUGACCUCAUCUCUCUCAUGGAAAAGCAUGGCAUUGGUACUGAUGCCACACAUGCUGAGCAUAUAGAGACUAUCAAGACCCGAAUGUAUGUGGGGCUGACGGCUGAUCAGAGGUUCCUUCCUGGAGAGCUAGGCAUGGGCCUAGUGGAGGGCUACAACUCAAUGGGCUAUGAGAUGUCCAAGCCCGAUUUGAGAGCAGAACUGGAGGCUGACCUCAAACUGGUCUCAGAGGGGAGGAAAGACAAACACGCUGUGCUCCGACAUCACGUGGAAAAGUACAAGGCCGUUUUCAUCGAGUCUGUGAGGAAGGCCAAGAAGCUGGACGAGGCACUUUCCACCUACCUGGGUGAGGCUCUGGAACACACUGAGCAGGAGGAGACGGACAUGAGGAUGGACAUGCCCCUGCCCAUCCGAAAAUGCCCUCAGUGCAACAGGGACAUGAUGCUCAAGAAGAAGAAGGAUGGUGUAGGGAAGUUCCUCAGCUGUGUUGGAUACCCAGACUGUAAGAGUUCUGUGUGGUUCCCUGAUUCAGUCCUGGAGGUCAGCAGAGAUGAAAGUGUUUGCCCAACCUGUCACCCAGGUCCUGUGCACAUGCUGAAAUUCAAAUUCAAAAGGGGGAGCCUGCCUCCCACAAUGCCACUGGAGUUUGUGGGCUGCAUUGGUGGGUGUGAUGAAAUGCUCAGAGAGAUCCUCAACUUGAAGUAUCUGAGAGGAGGAGGAGGAGGAGGAGGAGGAGGAGGAGGAAGUGACAUCACUGUGCAAGCAUCCAACAGAGCUCCCAGGAACCAGUCAAGGGCCCGUCCACUACCCAAGCCCAGAGCAGAGAGCAGCAGAACACCAGCUCCUGCCCCCCAGCCCACGUGGGAAGAACAGCCCCAGGCAAGGGUCAGCAAUGACAUCACUGUGUGUAACUGUGGGCAGGACGCCAUCCUCCUCACUGUGCGAAAAGAGGGGCCCAACCAAGGCCGGCAGUUCUACAAGUGCAACACGGGGAACUGUGAUUUCUUCCUGUGGGCUGACCAAUCAAAUGAGCAGGGCGGGCAGACAGGGGGCAGGAACUUCCCCAGCCACACCCCUCAACCUCUAAGACCUUCCACAGGCGGGGGAAACAUGUGGCCCAGUUCCAGUGGCUUCGGCAGACCUGCGGCAAACAGGAGGGAUUUUGGCGGCGGUGGGGGGACCGCCAUGUGUAACUGUAAUGAGCCGGCUGUGACGCGGACCGUCAUGAAGGAAGGGCCUAAUAAGGGCCGAACUUUCCACACAUGCGGCAAGCCACGGGACCAGCAGUGCGGCUUCUUCCAGUGGGCAGAUGAGAACGAACCGCCAGCUCCAGGGGGUUUUGGAGCUGAAGGAAGGGGUGUGAAGGAGAGGAAGACAGGUGGGAGCACGUCAAUCAAGGCACCAGCAGCCAAGAGGCCCAGGACUUGUGGAUUGUGCCGUCAGCCUGGCCACACACGGAACACGUGCCCACAGGGCCAGUAAGGCCUUGCCUCGCUGGCCUUUGGGUGUUUUACACCCAUAGUUACACAAAUAACAGUUGCACCCAGUAAAUAUUUAUGCGAACAAUUUAUAUAUUAAUGUUUACACUUUAAAGAAAAAAAAUGAGUGUAUUUAAUCUUUUUUGUGUCUCUUGUUUGUCAUUGGGUUCAGUUUGCUGAAACUGUUUGGUGUAUAAAUUUCCUUUCAGUGGCUUGGUGGAUCAAUAACCAGCGUGCAUUUGAAAAUGGUUUUCGCAUUAUUGCGAAAAUGGCAUUUCGCAUUUUGCAAACGCAAUAUUUUUCUGCUUAAGUAUAUUAUAAUUAAAAUUGUAUUUCUCCUACAGCAUAAUCUACAGCAUAUGUCAUACAAACAAUGGCA